CUGUCAUGCACGUACUUUGUUUCCAGCGCGUUGUUUACGAUCAGCUUCUUGCUGAACCACUUUUCGCGAAAAGAGAUGCGAAAGAAUCAAAUGGACGGCCGAUCGUGCUGAAUAUUUGGCAUCCUGCGGUACUUUUCUUCAUGAUCAAAUCGAUUACCGGGCGUUACUAUCCGCUCCAGCCUUGCUAACGUACGGUAACGUCACAGCAAACACGCAAACAACAUGGAUGCCGGACCGCCGCCCACAAUACCCGCCGAGCGUAGGAACUCGCGCAUCAAUGAAGAUCAGUUGAAUCGAAUGGUUUGCAUGCUCGAAAAAGCGCCCGACAUCGCGCGUGCCAUUGCCCGUGGUCCUCAGAACGUAUUUUGGAGGCGACUUGCCAAAGAGCUGAACGACAUUGGACCGGCCACGAAAGAUCCUUCUUCGUGGAAGAAGGUUUGGCACGAUUACAAAUGCUCCGUAAAGAAGCGGCUGGUGCAGUACAACGAAGACAUCAGUAGCGGCAUUUACCCGAAGCAGCUGUCCGUGCUGCACCGACGAAUACUGAAGCUGCUCGACUUGGACCUGAAGCGCGUGAAGAUAACGGAAGAAAGCGGUUCCGACCGGGAGGACGAAAACAACGGUACCGACGCGGACCACUCGAAGGACGCGUUCGAUAUGGGCGACCCGAUGGAUUCGCAAAGCUCGACCGGCGCCCCGGGACAGGAAGCGGCCGAGGACGGUACAAAUCGGCCCGCCUCGUCCAGCUUCUCCAACACGAUCAAUGCGUGCCAGCAACGGUUGGCCAAGAUGCCGAACAUAACGAUCACCAAGCAGAAGAGCGACGGUGACGAUGACGAUCCGCUUUCGUACUGCCCGAAAUCUGCCACAAAAUCGCUCCCGUACGGUCGUGGAACGAAGCGCAAGCGAGAGGAAUGUUUUGAAAUGGCACUGGAAACGAACCGUUCGCUCAUUGCGGUCAUGAAAACUUCACUGACCGUGCAGAAGGAGCUGGUGGCGGAGGUACGCGGGCUGAAGAAAGUGCUGGAAGAGUUUACCGAGAGCAUGAGGGAGCUGAAUGGUGGGCUGCGGAACUCGGGCGAAUCGACCAAAGGGAAGUAAGCGCAAGAAAAGCAACGGCCAGACAGACAGAUGCCCCCCAAAAUGUACAAUUAAUCGUAAAGAGAACGGAAAUAAAGCGAGACGACAUUGACAAAGACACUA